CACAUAACGGGCAGCGCGCACUCCGAGGCGGCUUCUCCGGAGCGCAGGCAGAGACCCGCCGCCGGCACUGCGAGCCUCGAGCACCCCGGGAGCUGAGUGCACCACGCGCCCCCUCCACGCCCACCCCACGGCCGCUGAAUGAGGCUUCUAGGCGCCCGCUCGCUGCCCGCAGCCCCCCGCCGGAGGUCCGCCCGCUGAGGCGCGGCGGGUGCGCCGGCUGCCAGCGCGCUCACCUGCCCGCCUGCACGCCAUGGGGCAGCCCGGGAACCGCAGCGUCUUCUUGCUGGCGCCCAACGGAAGCCAUGCGCCGGACCAGGACGUCCCACAGGAGCGGGACGAGGCAUGGGUGGUGGGCAUGGCCAUCGUCAUGUCGUUCAUUGUCCUGGCCAUCGUGUUUGGAAACGUGCUGGUCAUCACAGCCAUCGCCAAGUUCGAGCGUCUCCAGACGGUCACCAACUACUUCAUCACCUCCCUGGCCUGUGCUGACUUGGUCAUGGGCCUGGCGGUGGUGCCCUUUGGGGCCAGCCACAUCCUCAUGAAAAUGUGGACUUUUGGCAAUUUCUGGUGCGAGUUUUGGAUUUCCAUUGACGUGCUGUGCGUCACGGCCAGCAUUGAGACCCUGUGCGUGAUCGCCGUGGAUCGCUACCUUGCCAUCACGUCCCCCUUCAAGUACCAGUGCCUGCUGACCAAGAACAAGGCCCGGGUGGUCAUUCUGAUGGUGUGGGUCGUGUCGGGCCUUAUCUCCUUCUUACCCAUUAAGAUGCACUGGUACCAGGCCACCCACCAGGAAGCCUUAAACUGCUAUGCAGAGGAGGCCUGCUGUGACUUCUUCACCAACCAGCCUUACGCCAUCGCCUCUUCCAUCGUGUCCUUCUACCUGCCCCUGGUAGUCAUGGUCUUCGUCUACUCCAGGGUCUUUCAAGUAGCCAGAAGGCAGCUCCAGAAGAUCGACAAAUCUGAGGGCCGCUUCCACGCCCAGAACCUCAGCCAAGCGGAGCAGGAUGGGCGGAGCGGGCCGGGACAUCGGAGGUCCUCCAAGUUCUGCUUGAAGGAGCACAAAGCCCUCAAGACGUUAGGGAUCAUCAUGGGGACUUUCACCCUGUGCUGGCUGCCCUUCUUCAUCGUCAACAUUGUGCACGGGAUCCACGACAACCUCAUCCCAAAGGAAGUUUACAUCCUCCUAAACUGGGUGGGCUAUGUCAACUCUGCCUUCAACCCCCUCAUCUACUGCCGGAGUCCAGAUUUCAGGAUGGCCUUCCAGGAGCUUCUGUGCCUGCACAGGUCUUCCCUGAAGGCCUAUGGGAAUGGCUGCUCCAGCAACAGCAACGGUAGGACCGACUACACAGGGGAACAGAGUGGCUGCUACCUGGGGGAGGAGAGAGACAGCGAACGGCUGUGUGAGGAGCCCCCAGGCCCGGAAGGCUGUGCACACCGGCAAGGUACUGUGCCCGAUGAUAGCGCUGAUUCACAGGGGAGGAACUGUCGUACAGAUGACUCCAUGCUGUGAGGCAGGUGUCUACUUUCUAAGCGCCCCUUUCCCUCCCAGCCAAACACUAAACAACUCGAGUGUGAUGAAUUUAGAAUGAACGUCUAUAGAGAUGUGCAGGAGGAGGAACAUCCUUCUGCCUUUUUAUUUUUUAUUUUUGUAAGUUGUAAAAAAAGAGAAAACAUUAUUUGAGUGAUUGUUUCUUGUACAGUUCAGUUCCUCUUUGCAUGGAACUUGUGUAAGUUUAUGUCUGCAGGCCUUCGGUCCCAGAGGACGUGGGGCUGGUAUGUUUUGAUGACUUUUCCGCAUAUCUACCUCAUUGAUCAAGUAUUAGGGGUAAUAUAUUGCUGCUGGCAAUUUGUUUCUGAAGGAGACCUUCCUUCCUGCACCCUUGGACUGGAGGAUCUUGAGUCUCUCGGACCUUUCAGCUGUGAACAUGGACUCUCUCCACCCCUCUUAUUUGCUCAAACGGGGUGUUGUAGGCAGGGAUUUGAGGGGCAGCUUUGGUUGUUUUCCUGAGCAAAGUCUAAAGUUUACAGUAAAUAAAUUGUUUGACCAUGA